GAAAUUUGUAAACAUUGAAAUUAUUAGGAGGAAUGAAAAAAGCAUUAAAUUAACUAAGAAGCAGAGCAUUUAUAGCAUUAAUUUUAGUGUAAUAUAGUGCAUAACAAUAAAAAGUAUCAGAAAAUGGAGAGAGAACAGUGUAGAAUGUGUGGAAAAACCUUAGAAUUAUCAGAUUUAUUGGAUAUCAGUUUAGAAUUGCAAAAUAUGAUUGACUAUCAUUGUAGAAUAAACCUAAGUUUAUUGGAUGUACGGUUACCGAACAAACUGUGCUAUGACUGUAACUAUACAAUUGAGAAUUUUGCCAAAUUUACAGAGGAUGCAAGAAUCACACAGAUGAAAUUUUCAGCUUUAAUCAAUGACAUUAAAAUAGAAAUUGAAGAUCUUCCUGCGCUAAUAGAAGAUAGUAAAGUACUGAAUUUAUUUGUUGAUGAGCCUAAAAUUGAGAUAGAUCCAGAUGAGUCAACAGAACCAAAAUUAAGCAAACGGAGAAAGAGAGCGUCAGAGAUUGUUCAAAACAGCAAUGAAGGAAGUGAAUUUGAUGAUUCCAGUUCCGACAGUGACUAUGAAGGAAACAAGUAUUAUAAGAGAAAAAGACCAAUAAAGCAUCGACGAGUUAGAAUGAAGAGAAAGAAAUCCAGUAGCAUUGGUGAAGAUGAGAAUGAAAUCUUACAGGAAGUGCCGCAAAGUGAUAGAAACAAGAAUGGAACAAUAAAGAAAAAGUCCUUAGUAUUGUAUGAAGGAAAGACGUGGAAUGACUUAAAUAUUGGUUGUGUUGAAUGCGAUCAAUUUACAAAAGGACCGUUUGAAUUAAGGCAACAUCAUUUUAAAUAUCAUUCACUAGAUACUCAAUUUCGAUGCUCUGAAUGUGCCCAUGAAAAUGAUGUCAACUUUAGUUACUUCUAUCAAUUUUUGAAUCACUAUCCUGAACACCAAAAACAUUUGAAAUUCUGUUGUGUAAUUUGUUCUGAAAUGUUUUGGAACACAAGGAGUCUCAAUCAGCAUUAUGAAAGCAGUCAUGAAAAAACAGAUCGAACAGCACUUUUUCAUUGCAUCAGAUGUGGACAGUAUUUUAGGAAAUCAUUUGAUUUAAUUAAUCACGAAUCUCGAGUGCAUAACAUAGAAUCCAUUCAACCUGUCGAAAUCGAUUCUACAAAAGUAGCAUCCCUCACAAUGGAAGAUAUAUUUGAAGAGGAAAUAAAAUGUGAUUCGUUUGAGCAAAAAAGUCCAUUUAAUUUAUUAGAAGAUCAGAAGAACUCAGAUGGGACUGUUACUAUAGAAUGUAAGGAGAGGUUUAGCGAAUGUAUGUGGAAUAAUAUUGCAAUCUAUCAAUGUACUCACUGCGGUAUUCAAUCAUCGACUAUCUAUCAGCUUUAUGAGCACUAUAAUGCAGAACAUUCAGAAACAAAAAAUAGUUUUGUGUGUAAAAGUUGUCCUGAACACAAAACUUUUCUUAACUUGGAAUCGUACGUUAAUCAUACAUUUACAAUACAUCAUGAACACUUGAGAUAUUUCUGUUUUAUUUGCUUUAAUGGAUAUUGGAAUUAUAAGACGUUAUAUCAUCAUUAUAAAACAGAACAUGAAGAUUAUAAAGCAUUUAUAUGUUUAUACUGUGGAAAAUAUCAUAAAUCAGUCUAUGAUAUAAGACAUCAUAAGGAAGUACAUUCAACAAAAGGGGAUAAGUUGAAGCAAUCGAGGAACUUUACGUGCUCAAUUUGUCCCAAAUCAUUUACAAGACAGAAUCAAUUACAGCGUCAUCUCGAUACACAUGUCAAGAAUGAAAAUAAAGUAUGGAUUUGUGAGACAUGUGGGAAGAGCUUUAAUGCAAAAUCAACAUUAAUUAAUCAUGCGAUGGUGCAUCAAACUGAUAAACCAUUCGUGUGCACAACGUGUGGUGAAGGAUUUAAAAACAAGUAUAAAUUAAAGCAUCACAAAGGAAUUCAUACGGGAGAACGUAAUUUUGGGUGCGAGAUUUGUGGUCAAAGGUUUAGAGCGAAAGGAACGUUGAAAGGUCAUAUAUUAACACAUACUGGCGAACGUCCCUUCAGUUGUGAAUUUUGUGAUAAGCGGUUUGCUGCAAAAUAUGAUUUACUUGUCCAUACUCGUUUACACACCGGAGAAUUUACACAUGAAUGCCCAAUUUGUCAUGAACGAUAUCCUAGUUGGAGUAACUAUUCAAAACAUAUGCGUGGACGUCAUCAAAUUGAUCCACGAUCUGAAAAGAAGAAAAAGUAUGAUGCAAUUAUUAAAAAUUAUCAAGAGAGAAGCAUUGAAUUACAGCCAGAAAUGAAUGAUCCGUCGCAAUAUUAUCCUUUGUAAAAAAGUUUUAUUUAUUAAAAUAAUCAUUAAGUUCCGAUAUACACACAA